GGAAAUUGUUAGAUAAAAAGCAUAAACGAUGCUCUCGAAGACGUAUACCCGCAAUGGAACGAAAGUAAAAACGAUCUCAUCGAUUUCUUGAUUCUCGGUCAAUUUAAAGAUAAAACUGUCACGUCAAGACAACAGCUCCAUAUCGAAUUUAUCGUACAGUAUUAAUUUACGACUAUCUUACAAUGGAUAAUGAUAAAAGUUAUAAUCAUGGAGCGGAUUUUUUUGGAAAAUUCCCCCAAGACAUUCCAGCAACGGAAUCAAAUACGAAUGCAGUAGAUCUACUCUGUACGAAGACGCAGAUGAAUCCAUUGCCAAUUACCCAUAAUUCUAAUGCUAGUUCACCGGGCACUGGAUCAUCUGAGGAUAGUAAUUAUCAAAUUCACUCAGAUGAGUUUGGUGUAGAUUCAUUACUUAGUACUAUACUACAAGUAGUGAACGGCGAUUUCAAUGUACCGACUUCUCGCAAUACUCAAUUUUCACAAUUCAGAGAUUCUUUUCACAGUAGAUGUAAAGAUUGUAUUGACUCGAUAUGUUCAUGUUCUACAAAUCUACAACCUCGUAAUAUACCGAACGGUGACUACAAUUUUCUUAAUGCAUCGGAAAUAAUGAAUCCUCCAAUCAUCAAUAAUUCAAGUUUCAAUUUUAAAACUUUACCCAUGCCUUGCGAGAUUCAUCACGAAGAUCCGCAAUUUUACUGUCAAACCUGUAACAGACCUAUUUGUGUUAAAUGUGGAUUCCAACAACAUCCAGGACAUAUUAUGAUUAAUUUCAUGGAAGCCGUUGAAGUUGCUAGCACUCAAGCGAAAGAAAUACUGAACGAAGCUAAACUUGGAGUUUCAGCUCUUAGAGAAGAAUUAGACGCUACGCAGAUGGCGAUAGAAAUAUUAGAGCAAAAAACGCGACAAGCAGCUACAGAUGUAAUGUUGUGCGUAAGAAGAGUAGCUGCUGCUUUAGAGGCGAGAGAAAAAGAAUUAUUAAAUAGAAUUGAAAAAGCUAGGAUUAUCAAAUUCACUGCGCUAAAAGUAAGAAAUGAAGGACUUCAGAAUGGAUUGGCUCGAUUAUCUAUAGCUGUUGAAAAACUUAACGGAGCGAUAGAAUCAAAUAUUUUGACUAACAAUCCAUUAAACCUGUUGCUUACUAAGGACAUGACUUCCGCGGAGGUAUUUCAAAUACAACAAAGUCGUCAGUCUCUUCCGUCGCAAGAAGAGAACUGGAUUUCUUUUAACGGAUUAGAAGCAUCGAUGUUAACUUCUAUAGCGAAUUUUGGAGUAGUUAUAGUGAACAAUCCAGGACCUAUAGGCGAUCGACGAGCUGUAAGAGGUCGUGGAAACUCACCUCAUAUUAAGCAAACUAUUGCAUUAAAUUUGGGAAUAGGAAGACCCAUUCCUUCAAACACUUUUCCAGUUGUAGUUAGGACAAAUCGCAAUUGCGACUUGUCAAUAAAACCUCUAAGAAUCAUUGGCAACAAUAGUAAUACAAUGGAUAAUCUAUGCCGACCUUGGGGUGUAGCAUGCGACAGAGACGGACAUAUAAUUGUUGCGGAUAGAUCGAACAAUCGUAUUCAAAUAUAUAAACAAGAUGGUCAGCUUAUAAGAAGAUUUGGUUCUCACGGUACUGGACCAGGACAAUUUGAUCGUCCGGCUGGCGUAGCAGUCGAUGCACGUCGUCGCAUAAUUGUAGCUGAUAAAGAUAAUCAUCGUAUACAGAUUUUGGCAAUGGAUGGCUUAUUCCUUCUAUGUUUUGGUGAGAAAGGCAGCCGUUAUGGUCAAUUUAAUUAUCCAUGGGAUGUAGCAGCAAACUCCGAAUGCCAAAUAGUUGUAUCCGAUACUAGAAAUCAUCGCGUCCAGUUAUUUAGUCCUGAAGGUAUUUUUCUCCGAAAGUAUGGUUUCGAAUCAGUAGCAAGCAUGUGGAAGCACUUCGACUCACCGCGCGGAGUAGCUUUUGACCCUGAAGGAAAUGUUAUUACUACAGAUUUUAACAAUCACAGACUCAUUAUCAUUGAUGCUGAUUUUAUGCAAAGCCGAAUUUUUGAUUGCGAAAAUUCAGGUACUUCUAAACAAUUUUUAAGACCGCAAGGUCUGGUAAUCGACGACGAAGGCAACAUUAUUGUAGCUGAUUCUAGAAAUCAUAGAAUACAAAUAUUCGAUUCGAAUGGAAUAUUAAAAUGGCGAUUUGGUAAUUAUGGUAAAGCUGAAGACGAAAUGGAUAGACCAUCAGGGAUAGCUUUAUGUCCUGAUGGUAGAAUCGUUGUUGUAGACUUUGGUAAUAAUCGAGUUCUUCUUAUUUAAAUAAUCAAUCGGCCGAUCGGUUUUAUAAAACGAAAAAGGACGAGUGCUAAUAAACGUAAAGAUUUAAUCUGAAAACCCAAAACUACGGAUUUUCAUACUGUAUACAAUCAAUUGGAAAUAUUAUCUCCAACGCUGGCUAUCUGCGAAUUUUAAAUGUCACGCGCAAUAUUUUCGUUAGAAGCAAUAUGUGCCUGUUCAUUAUACAUAUAUAUAAGCUUCUUUCUCUUUUUACUUUUAUUUUGCAUUCUUUAAUUUUUUUAGGAUAUGGAGGAUAAUCCUAUUGAUUGUGUAUAGAAAUUCAUUUUAAGUGCCAAGUACAAAAAAAAAAAUAUUCCUAUUUA